AUGUACGCGGGGCGCAGGCGGAGGAAGCCGGCGCCGCGGGCGACGCGGCCGGGCCCGGSCGAGGGCGGUGGCUCCAACCCGUCCAAGCGGCACCGGGAGCGGCUGAACCGGGAGCUGGAGCGGCUGGCGGGGCUGCUGCCCUUCCCUCCCGACGUGGUGGCCGGCCUGGACAAGCUCUCGGUGCUCCGCCUCAGCGCCGGCUUCCUGCGCGCCAGGAGCUUCUUCAGCGUGGCUCUGAAGAAUCGUGGUGCCAGAGAAGCCCAGAGGGAUGGAGACUGUGGCACUGGACCAGCACUGGGCUCGGCAGCAGUGCCAGAGGGUGAGCUGCUCCUCCAGGCGCUCAAUGGCUUCGUGCUGGUGGUGACAUCAGAAGGGCUGAUAUUUUACUCCUCUCAUACCAUCCAGGACUACCUGGGAUUUCAUCAGACAGAUGUCAUGCACCAGAGUGUCUUUGAGCUGAUCCACACCGAAGACCAGCCAGAAUUCAGGCGCAACCUCCACUGGGCGCUGAACCCGCCGCACGCUGCCGAGGGUGAGCCCGCUCCAGAAGUGGGGAAGAGUCUUGGCUCCUCUGCUGUCACCUACAAGCCAGAUCAGCUGCCCCCAGAAAACUCCUCCUUCCUGGAAAGGAGCUUUGUGUGCCGCUUUCGCUGCCUCCUGGAUAAUUCCUCAGGUUUCCUGGCUUUAAACCUUCAAGGCAGGCUGAAAUUCCUUCACGGGCAGAGCAAAAGGUCUGAAGAUGGCUCUGCACUGCCGCCCCAGCUCGCUCUGUUCGCCAUCUCCACGCCCUUGCAGCCCCCGUCCAUCCUGCAGAUCCGAACCAAGAACAUGAUCUUCAGGACGAAGCACAAGCUGGACUUCACCCCCUUGGCGUGCGAUGCCAAGGGGAAGAUCGUUCUGGGCUACACCGAGGCRGAGCUGCGGAUGUGUGGCACUGGGUACCAGUUUGUCCAUGCUGCUGACACACUGUACUGUGCUGAGAACCACGUCAGGAUGAUGAAGACGGGGGAGAGCGGGCUGACGGUGUUCCGGCUGCUGACCAAGGAGAAGCGCUGGAAGUGGGUGCAGGCCAACGCGCGGCUGGUGUACAAGAACGGCAAACCCGAGUACAUCGUGGUCACACAGAGACCCCUCGUAGAUGAAGAAGGAGGCGAGCACCUUCGSAAACGGUCCCUGCAUCUUCCCUUUACCUUUGCUACAGGAGAGGCACUCUUGUACCAAAGCGCUCAGCCUCUGCCGGGCUUCCCCGCUCCUUUCCAGAGCAAAGGGAAAGCCAGCAAGUCCAAGAAGCCCUCGUGCAACCGUGGAGGGUGCUCCCAGCAGAACCCCAGCUCUCUGCUGAGCACYGUGGGGCGACAGGACAAGGCAGCGUACGCCUCUCACCCAACUCCCACUCCUUCCUUCAGCAGCAGAUUCCAGCUCGGGGAUGGGUCCUUACCAGAAGCAGAAGGGGAUGCCUGGAGUAUGGGCACUGCUCCAGUUUCUUCAAGGGGGAGCAACCUCAAGGAGGAGCUGCUGCAUUUGCAGCAGGAGGACCCUCUCUUGGCCACCCUGGACUCACUCUCAAUUAAGAGUGACGAGAGCUGUUCCAACAACGAGCUCUUCAGUGCUCUGGAGGGCCUGGGCUUGAAUGCUGAGGACCUGGAGCUCCUGCUGCUGGAUGAGAAAAUGGUGAUGGUCAACAUGGAGCUGGAUUCAUCCCUGCCCCUGAACGACAGCCUGGCCAGCAACCAGAUUGUCUCGUACAUCCACAGCCCUCCUGUGAGCGAGCAAAAGGGAGGGCAGCAGGUCUGUCCCCUGCCAGGCACAGCCCCGAGCCCACAGGGAGGCAAUGCCCAAUGCCACAUGGAGAACAAGGACUYGAGGUACUUGCCCAGCACUGCCCUGGGCCAGUCCCUGGUCCCGCUGUGGGAACAGCCCCUCRGUGCUGUGCCAGGGCUGCUCCCGGGGCUGGCUGAGCAGCAAGAGCCCUCGGGUGACUCGCAGUGGAGACCGGCCAGGGAGGAGACUCUGCUCCGCUUCCAGCAGCUGCAGGGUGGCUUCCCAGCUGUGCAGCCCCUCCACCAGGAUGGCCACCAGUCCUUCUCCCUGCCCAGCCAGUGCCAGGACCACGCGGCACUGCCCAGGUGGCCGAAACACCAUCCCUUGCUGAUGAAUGGGGUGUGUGGCCACUGCCCCAGCUCCCCUCCACAUCACCUCCCCAGCUCCAGCCCCAGCCCCAGCCCAUGGCAGGACUAUGUUUCCCCACUCCUGGGGUCUCCAGCUCAGGCUGGCUUUUAUGGCACCAGCCAAGACUUGCUCUCGCAGCACCAGGGCUGCUUUGGCCCCAGUGUGCCCCCACAGCACUUUAACCUGAACGGAUUAUGCACCACGGAAGCUGCAGGCUCCCAGGAAGAGCUGGCUCCAUACCCCAGGUUUUUCCUCCCUUCGUCCCAGCUCAUUUCUGAAAAGCAGCUGARCCCUGCUCCAUCUGUACCCCAGCACCCUUUCCCCAGCUCAGCCACAGGGCACUUGGGGAAUAUCAGCAGCCCUAUGGAGACUCUGAAUUGCUAUGGGACGCACACCUCUGCACUGAGCCAGGAGGGCAGGCACAGGCCCCACAGCAGCUGUGGUUUGCCCUGCUCUCCCRUGGGAUUGCCCCAAGACCACCAGAUGCUGGGGGGAAGCCUGGCACCACCCUGCCAGCCUCAGCUCCGGGCAGAAGUGCUGCCAGAUCACCCUCACACCUCCAGKGGGGACUUCUGUCUUUAGGGAUGACUGGAUUGGCCAAAGCAGGACUGUUCCCUGGGGAAGGAGGUGCCUUCAAGCUGCACAUAACAAACUUUCCCCGCUGCUGUCACAUCCUGCCGGUGCUAUUGAUGUUGGUUGCUUUGGCUCACCUGGGUGUUUUUGCCCUUUUUUUCGACUUCCCACUAUCGUGCUUGUUCCUGUGGAGAUGUCCCUGGCCUGGGGARGCACAGYAGCAGGCAGCUGGGCUGAAGGACAGCUUUCCMAGGGUAAUGGAGCAAGUUGAGCUGUGGUUGCAGGUCAGCCCAUGAAUGCAACCAAAGCUUCACCAAAGCUUUGCAUUUACAUGCACGAUCCAACAUGGAUACGAGACUGAUGUGUCCUAAAAAAAGAGCCAGAAAAGUUUUUCAACUCUGGUAUUAAAUUUCCUGCCAUUCCAGCCAGAUAUUGACCACAUGGUACAGAUAUUGCCUGUUUUAUAAAGACAAUGAGCCAUGUUUUGGUUCGUGUGUUGCUUUGGUUCUUCCCCCACCCCAGCUUUCCCCAUUUCCCAGCGGGUGUUCCCAGUGUUUGGGAUCCAGGUUAGAGCUCCUGUAGCAAAAACCCAUGCCCAGGCUGGCUGCUAAGCUGAUUAUCUCUGGGUGGUGGCCUCUGAGGUAUCUUCAGACUUCAAGUGUCAAAGUUUUCAGUUAAAAAAAAAAAAAAAAAAAAAAAAGAAAAUUUCAGGAAAAUUAAGAAAAUAAGUAUAAUGAUAAUUGUAAGUACUGAGAGAGUGGUAUUUUCCCGCAGACAAAAAAAAAAAAAAAAAAACAACCUACAGCCUGUAUGUGUGUUCAUAAUAUGAGUUGACAGGUGUAUUUUUCUGCCACUCCAGUGCAAGAAAAAAAMCAACCUCUCACCAUCCCAAAGCAGCAUCCUGUGGGGUGGGAUGGGAUGAAGAGGCUGUUGAAAAGAUCAGGGACACAGUGACCCUUUAAAAAACCUGACAAAGCUCAUCCCUCCUCCUGCUUGUCCGGCUUUGGCUUCAUGUGAAUGCCUAUUGUUUUUGUUUCAAUAAAUGGUUUUGGAGCUCAUCCCUGCUGUCCCCCUUGCUGGAUGUGUCUCUUCCCAAUCUGGAGCGUGGCAGGGUUUGCUGGCUGCAGCACUGGAGCCCAGGGCUUGCCACUGCUGACCUGGCACACAAUGGGUUGGGUUGGAAGGGAUCCUUUGGAAUGCACACUGUCCAUCUGCCAGCUCCUGCCAUGGAUGUUUGAGAGGCACGGAGAAAGUGACAG